AUGCCGCCCCUGCGGCUGGGCGCGCGCCUCAUCGGUCCUCGCAACGGUUUGGCCGCUUGCGCCUUUACCCUCCGAGAGUCGAGACGCUUCCAAGCCACCGUUUCUAAUGCCGAGCUUUCCCGCCGGGUAGCGCAGGCUUUGUUUUCGAUGGAGCGCUUCCACCGCGGGAGCCCAUCGGAAGAGGAGAGGCGACAAGUUGAACGCCAGGCGUGGCAAGAGCUUCUCCAAUUUCCCGAUUCCGCGGCCGAGGACGCGACUGCAAGCGAGGUGGCGGAUAUUCUCGGGGCGUGGUGCUACUUUUCGCGCUUCUGGACCCAUGGAAUGCAAGGGUUGGGGGAUGAGGAGCUCGCUGGCGACGGGGGGGAAGGGGCGGGGAAGCGGAAGGAUGUUGCCGUCCCGCUUGUUGACCGACAGGCCGUUACGGCGGCCCCGCCUUCCGCGGACUUGGCGCCGCCUCCGCGCCCAAACCCACUUGACGAAGUUUUGGAGUUUUGA